AUGUCGAACAAGCGCGAACUUACUCUUAACAACGGCGUCAAGAUCCCCCAGAUCGGCUUCGGCACAUGGCAGGCCAAGCCCGGAGAGGUCGAGAAGGCCGUCACAGAGGCUCUUAAGGCGGGCUAUAGGCACAUCGAUGCAGCCCUCAUCUAUGGCAACCAGAACGAGGUUGCUGCGGGUAUCAAGGACUCCGGCGUCGACCGCAAGGACAUCUUCAUCACCUCCAAGCUCUGGAACAACUCGCACCGCCCCGAGCACGUCGAGGCUGACCUCGACACGACGCUGAAGCAGCUCGGCACCGACUACCUCGACCUGUACCUUAUCCACUGGCCUGUCCCCUUCCAGCCGGGUAAGGAGCUUGCCCCCUCGAAGGACGGUGAGGCUCUUCUCGACAUUGGCGGCCCCUCGAUCGUCGACACAUGGAAGGAGGUCGUGCGCAUCUCGAAGGAGACCAAGAAGGUGCGCGCCAUCGGUGUGUCGAACUUCACGAUCGAGCACCUCGAGAAGAUUAUCAAGGCGACCGGCGUCGUCCCCGCCGUGAACCAGGUCGAGGCGCACCCGACCCUCAUCCAGCCCGAGCUCUUCAAGUACCUGAAGGAGAAGAACAUCCACCUCACAGCCUAUUCGCCCCUCGGCAACAAUGUGACGGGCAAGCCGCGCGACCUCGACGCCGAGCCCGUCAAGAAGAUUGCGGAGAAGCUCGGCAAGACUGCUGCCCAGGUUCUCAUCGGCUGGGGCCUGAAGCAGGACUUCAUCGAGAUCCCCAAGUCCGUCACCCCCGACCGCAUCAGGAGCAACUUUGAGGCCGUCGAGCUCGACGACGAGGACUUCAAGGCUAUCAGCGAGUGGGGCAAGGCCAACUACACCCGUGGCAACAUCCCCGCCGAGUACAAGCCCAAGUGGCCGAUCAACAUUUUCAACGAGCCCGAGGAGAAGAACGAGAAGAACCAGGUCUGUGGUUGCGGAGGAACUUCGGAAUGGAAUGUCGUCGUCCAGGUCCGGGAUACCGGAUGCGGUGAGCGCAAGCCGCAGCUGCCGCAGGAGCCGGUGGAGGUCGAAGAGGAUCCCUUACGUCCAGGGGCGUCACUCAUGGCCUCGCUUGCGAUCGAGGGCAUCCAUCUCCCCUCUCUCUCUCUUCGUCUCGUUUCGACACCUCCCACUCUCUCAUCGCAACGAAUCGUCAUGAGCACGGCCGGAUCCCUCCCCGCCAAGCGACGCGGAAGCAGCAGCGAGCGCGCGCUCGCUGAGAUCGACCGUCCCGCCGGCUUCGCGGGCGCACUCGUCAAGCACGGCAAGUACGUCGCCGCCGGCCUGCUGGGCAUCUGGUGGUUCGACCUGCCCGCCGCCGUCGCCCAGGUUCGCGCACUCAGCGGAUGGGGCCAUACCGCGUUCUCGGCCGCCGUUGGCCUGCAGCUCAUCACCGUCUCGCUCUUCCUCUACCUCGUCGUCUAUCUGCCAUGGUACCAGGGUGCGCUCCCGAAUUACCCCAAAUGGCAGAAGUCGCGGCGUCUCCGUGUCAUUGUCCCUCUCCUCUUCGUCACAAUCCUGAGCGGCUGGAGUGCGCUGGCUUUCGCGCUCUCCCACGCGUCGCAUUCGCAUCCCCGCGGCCCGAUCCGGAGUGCGAUUCGCGCCGCUCUCGGCCUCGAGGAGAAGCUUGAGAUGAGCCGGCUAGCGGCCAUGUGUGGAGUGUACAUUCUCAUGUUUGGCGUGCUUGGGUUCAUUCCCGCGCCGCCGAUGCGCAAGGUGAAGCGGAGCAAGUCGUCAUAG